CACAGUUUGCAAUGUUAUGGAGAAAUCCGAGAGGAGGAGACAGCAGCAAUCGGUGCUUCCUGGUCCAGUGUCACGUGUGGGCUGAACUGGACCGAAAUGUGGCAGCAAGUCCUUCAGAGUGUCCGGUCCUUUGAAUAUCCCCAGAGUGCGAUUGUGGUAUCCACAGCCCUGGGAGCUGGAGGGCUCCUGACUUGUUGGCUCCUGUCUCGACAGAAAAUCAAGACCUUAGAGGUGGGAGAUGGAUGGUGGGGUUCAGGCGAGAGACCCCCAAAAGAAAAAGAAGAUGAGAGCAUCCGACCUUUCCGAAUUGAAACCUCAGACAGGGAAAUCCAGGACCUGCACGAGCGCCUGGACAGGGCCCGCUACACGCCCCCACUGGAGGGGGCUGCCUUCCAGUACGGAUUCAAUACCACCUACCUGCGGCGAGUUGUUGCCUACUGGAGGAACCAGUUUAACUGGCAGAAACAAGUGGAAAUUUUGAACCAAUAUCCACAUUUCAAAACUACCAUUGAAGGGAUCGACAUACACUUCAUCCAUGUGAAGCCCCUGCAUGUCCCCAGGGGUCAGAUAGUCCGGCCUUUGCUAAUGGUGCAUGGCUGGCCUGGCUCCUUCUUUGAGUUCUAUAAGAUCAUCCCGCUGCUCACUGACCCAGCCGGACAUGGCCUGAAUGAGGACGUGGUGUUUGAGGUCAUCUGCCCGUCCAUCCCUGGUUAUGGCUUCUCUGAGGCACCUCACCAACGAGGCUUUGACACUCUGGCUGCUGCCCGGAUAUUUCACAAGCUGAUGGAAAGGCUGGGCUUCAAGGAGUUCUAUGUCCAGGGGGGAGAUUGGGGCUCCCAGAUCACCACAAACAUGGCUCAAAUGCAAGCAAAGCAAGUGAAAGGACUCCACCUGAAUUUGGUCUUCAUAAGCUCAAGCGGUUUGGGGAGACUGGUGUCUUUGAUCCUUGGGGCCUAUGUACCAUGGCUUGUAGGCCUGACCAGGGAAGAUUCCCACCGCUUAUUUCCAUACUUGGAAAAGAAUGUGUAUGAAAUCCUACGAGAGUCUGGCUACUUGCACAUCCAGGCUACAAAGCCAGACACAGCAGGCUGUGGAUUAAAUGAUUCCCCUGUAGCACUUGCUGCCUACAUUCUGGAGAAGUUUUCUACUUGGACUGAUAAAUCAUUCCGGGACCUGGAUGACGGAGGUCUGGAAAGAAAAUUCUCUCUGGAUGACCUUUUGACCAAUGUGAUGAUUUACUGGGUGACUUCAUCUAUUGUGCCCUCUAUGCGUUUCUACAAGGAGAAUUUUUCCACAAAUCCUACCACUGCUCCACAUGCCAGGGUUGGAGUGUAUGUCCCCACCGGCCUUGCUGUCUUUCCUCAGGAGCUUACAUACACACCAUGCACUUGGGCAAAGAAGAAGUUCAAGAAUAUAGUCGCUUACACUUACGCGCCACGUGGGGGACAUUUUGCUGCUUUUGAAGAACCAAAGCUGCUGGCAGAAGACAUCAAGCAGCUGGUGAGAAAGGUGGAAUGUCUGUGAGCCACUGACAGCAUUCAUGGGAGUAUGAAUACACACAGGGCAAACAACUGCACCACUGCUUAUACCUUACGCAAUCUGUUCAUUUGAUUGAAGCUUUCAAUUGAUUUUUGCUAGAUGCCAGAUUAAUUCAAAUACCAAGCUCUAGAUUUUUUUUUUUUUGUACAUAAAUAAAGUUCUCUCUUAUGUUGUCCUAUUUCAUUCUAGGAGCAUUUUACUGGGAAAACUCCCAUGUAUUUGAACUUCAGUUACAGCAAGGAAUGCAGUUUGAUGCAACAAUACUGUUGUUUUUGUUUACGGAAAAAUUCCUGCCCAUUCCUCCAGGCUAGUGCGGCAGAAUCUAUAGAAGUCUCUUUGAAUGUUUUUCAUUUUUAAGUGCGACUUGAAGGAAUCCAGCUGUGCCACCAUAAAACUAGGCUCAGCAGUUAGUGGGAAAGGCACAAACAUGCUCUCCCUGGCAUGUGCCCAAACCAUUCCUCCUGGACAGAGGCAAAACAUCAUAUGGAAAAAAAAAAAAAAGAGCUGCCACAAAGAUCAAACAGUGUAGCCCAUUAUAAUGGAAUAUUCCCCAAUAAGUUCAGCAGCCCUGCACCAAAAAGCAGCUUUUCAACUUGUUUAUAGAAAUUCUGCCUCCAUACAAGUCAGUUUGGAAUCUUGCUGUAUAUUACAGUGCGUACCACUAGUUCUGUAUAUAACAGCAGUUGUGGCAUGACUGACAAACUUGUCAUUAUUAAAGUGCACUGCUGACACUCACAGGGCACCUUCUGUUCUCCAGGCUGAAAGCACUGAGUGAGCACAGUUACCUUCCAAGUCCAGGUCUCUGUUCCAGCUUAGACUUAAAUUUAUGCUAUUCUAAAGUCUUAAACAAGGUAGAUGUGGGUCACAUUUAUGGAUGGGUUACUUCUCCUCUGCAGGUUCCAGAUGGCCGAAA